AUGAUUUUUGAUACAUUGUCACCCACUGAUCAUAUGUUUGAAUCUUUACCAUCAUCAUUUAUCGAACAUCCAUUAACAGACGAAUGUAAUUUUUCACAAAUUGAAUCAAUAAAACAAAAAAUGGUUUCAAACAGACAAGACAACUCUACAAGUGAUAUGCAUGCAAUAACUAAUCGAUAUCAUCAAUUGAAAUCAUCACCGAUGAAUCAAUCAUUAGAACAAAUUGAAAAAACAACAGUGGCGAAUAUUGAUGAAGAAUCAACAAAUUCUCUUUGGCAAUCUUCAGAUGAACAUCAUCUAUCAAUAUCUCCUACAAAAUCAUUAGCUAUGACUGAAUUCUAUCCUAAUUCAUCAUCAUCAUCUUCUGAUCUAAGUUUGAUUAAUAGUGAUUCUCAUCAUGAUGAUAAACCUGAAAUGAAAACUCUUUCAUCAUCGUCAUCAUCAUCUGGUUAUGAAUCAUCAUUAAAUUCUAUUUCUGAUCAUUUUUUUCCUUCAUCUCCAGAUUCAAUUAUAAUAUCGAAUUGUAAUCUCGUUGAACAAUUUAUUAAUUUACAUCUACCAAAACAAUCAUCAUAUGAUCAUGAUAUACCAUUUUCAUCAGCUUCGUCAUUGAGUUCUUUAUCAAGUUCAUUUUUUUCUCAGGAUUUAAUUUCAACUAGUGAUUCACCAUCAUCUUGUCGAAAAUUUCCUAUUCAUAAUCAAUUAUCUAGUGAUACUGAUGAUGAUUCACAAGCAACAACAAUAUCAACUGAUGUAUUAUUUUUACAACGACAAAAGGACCGACCAAGAAGUUUACCAAUAGCUAUUCAACAAUCGAAAGUGGUAUUAAACGAUGAUGAUACAGAUAAUAGUUCUCAAAAUAAUUCUCUUUGCUAUUUUUCAUUAACUGUAUCAGAAAAAAUUUGUUUUCAAAAAUGUGAAUCAAGUUCUGUGACAGCUACGAAUGGAAUAUUUUCGACAAAUCAUUUAAUUACAACAUCCAUUGAUAAGUUAGAUAUUAAUGAACAACUAAUAAUCAAUUCAAAAAAUUCAUUAGAACAUUUUAUUAUGAGUCCAACUGAUAAAGUUAAAAUACAAAUGAAAUAUCAUGAAAAUGAUAUAAAAAAUAAUGAAUUAAAAAUUUCUCAACCUGAAGAUAUUGAUUUUAAACGAUCGAAACUAAAAGCUAUUCGUGUACUUUAUCAAAAUAGAGUCAAUUUCAAUAAAGUUCAAUCUCCGGUGACACAUCAAAAUUCAACUAUACUUUCAUCAAGAACAGCAAGCUAUUGUCAUUCUCCAUUAGCUAAACGAACUGUUAGUCCACGUUUCUUGAGAAGUGUUCUAUCAUGUAGUGUAUUCGAAGUUGAUGAUGAACACGAAGUUGUUUCAUCAACAACUCAAAAUAAUGUUAAUGGAACACGUGAAAAGUCUCAUAUUGAAACGUUCAAUUUUUUACGUGGCAAUUUCACAGAAUCAUUAUUACAUGGAAAAAUUCUUCCUUCUGGUAUACUCGAUGGUUUUACAGUUAAAUUAGGUGCAAGUGGACUUUUUAUACCUAAACAAGUUAUUUUACCUGUGACAACAUUUUGGUUUAAUGUAUCUGAACAUCAAGCAGCAUCACCUUAUCUCGGUUAUAUUAAUUUGCAAUGUUUACCAAAACGUGGUUAUCAUACACCAACAAAAGGAACAAUAACAUUAGCUUUAUUAAAUCCAAAUGGUACAGCAGUUCAUUUAUUUUUAAUAUUAUAUGAUUUAAGUGAUAUGCCACCUGAUCAUCGAACAUUUAUUCGUCAACGUGUUGUUCAUAUGCCUGAAGAUAUCAAUGAUGACAAAACAUAUAAAAAAUCAACUAUGAUGCCAUCUAAAGAAAAUCUCAGAUAUUUAGCUCAUAUUUGUUUUGUAACAUCACAAACUGGCAAACUCUAUAUGCAUUCCGAUAUACGAUUAAUAUUUGCACGUAAUAAACUUGAUUAUGAUGAACGAACAGGAAAUGGAAAACCACAAUUAGUGACAACAACAGAUAUGCCAACACCAAAAUAUUGGUCACGUAAAUAG